CAGUCACUAAACCCUCUCCGUACGGCUCCGCCAUGGAAGAUUCUGAGUGGAGUCCCUACUGUUAUUCAUCUUCAUUCGAUAAGGAUAUCCAUAUCCGCUUCUUUCAGAUGAUGUGUGAAACCCUUCCUUCGGAUUAUCAGGGACAAGAGAUCAAUCGUCUCACUCUUGCCUACUUCGCUAUCUCUGGCCUCGACAUCCUCGGUGCCCUGGAUCGGGUACUAAAAAUGCUCUUUUUAGUCUCUGUUUAUUUUUUGAUUCUUAACAAUUUUUUCUCUUCUGUAUUUGGCAGUUUUAUGCCCAUCCACAUUGGAGCAGAGACAGACCUCCGAUUUGUAUAUUGUGCUGCUGCCAUAUGUUUUAUGUUGAAGAAUUGGAGUGGAAUGGAUAGAGAGAAAGCAAAGGACUACAUACUGAAUUGUCAGUCAUAUGAUGGUGGCUUUGGUUUAGUUCCUGGUUCAGAAUCUCAUGGUGGUGCAACAUACUGUGCAGUUGCAGCUCUCAAAUUGAUGGGAUUUAUUGAGGAUGAUCUUAUAUCUAAAAGCACACCAUCUUCUAUUAUCAAUGUGCCAUUGCUGUUGGAAUGGAGCUUGCAAAGGCAAACAGUAGAUGGUGGAAUUCAAGGCAGGCCCAACAAGGCCAGUGACACAUGUUAUGCAUUUUGGGUUGGUGGGGUUUUGAGGAUCUUAGGGGCUCACAAAUUCCUUGAUAGUGGAGCUCUACAUGGGUUUUUGCUAACUUGUCAGUCCCAGUAUGGUGGUUGUAGUAAAUUUCCAGGAAAACUGCCAGAUCUGUACCAUUCCUACUAUGGUUUAUCUGCCUUCAAUUUAUUGGAAGAAUCAGGCUUGAAACCACUCUGCAUCGAUCUCGGGAUCUCAGAUGUUGUUGCUUUUGGAAUGUGAGUUAAGUCCAGCUGGGUGCGUGUAAACCAAAUGGACACAAGCUUGUAUGGAUUUGUCAAUAUAUCACAUCCCUC